UUCUCGUGCGAACCGAAUUGGAGCAGCAGAGAGAACCAGAGAGAGGCAGAGCAAAGAUUUAUCGACAGACUUCUCAUUGAGAGAGAGAGAGAGACUGCGAGUGUGACUAUUUACCCAGUUCGUACUAAUUUUCGUUUCUCACUAGCGCCACGAAAACCCAAUUUGUGAUCAACCCAGGCAAGAUCAACCCUUCUCUUUCUCUCUGUGCAUCUAUAUCUCUAGGUUUCUGCUUCUCUCCCUACAUCUGUAUCUACCCGCUAGACUGGAGACGGAGAAGAAGAAGAUAAUAUAUGGAGGACGGCGCAGGAAGAGGUUUGGAAUGCCAGAAGACUAUGGAUGGGAAGGCGAGUAACGGGAAUGGUUCGGAGAAGGCCAUCCCUUCUUGUUGCGUGAAGGCUAUGUCUUCUACCCCUGAGGCCGAGGCAAAAUGUCAUUCCACUGUUGUUUCUGGGUGGUUCUCAGAAUCCCAGUCUCGCUCUGAGAAGGAUUGUAAAAAGGUUUAUUUCAACAACCCUAUGUGGCCAGGUGAAGCUCAUUCACUGAAAGUAGAAAAUAUUCUGUAUAGGGGAAAAUCAGAGUUCCAAGAGAUUUUGGUGUUUGAGUCCUCGAUAUAUGGGAAAGUGCUUGUUCUUGAUGGCAUUAUCCAGCUGAGUGAGAAAGAUGAAUGUGCAUACCAGGAGAUGAUAGCACAUCUACCUCUUUGUUCAAUUUCCUCCCCCAAGAGAGUUCUGGUUGUUGGUGGUGGUGAUGGUGGGGUUCUUAGGGAGGUUUCUCGCCAUCCUUCGGUUGAGCAUAUUGAUAUAUGUGAGAUAGAUAAGAUGGUUAUAGAUGUGUCCGAGAAGUUUUUCCCUCAGUUAGCCGUUGGAUUUCAGGAUCCUCGCGUCCACCUUCAUGUCGCUGAUGCUACUGAAUUCUUAAGGCUUGCACCUGAAGGGAAGUAUGAUGCUGUAAUUGUUGAUUCGUCAGACCCUGUCGGUCCAGCCCAAGAGCUUGUAGAGAAGCCAUUUUUUGAGACAAUAGCUAGAGCAUUAAGGCCUGGUGGUGUUCUCUGUAAUAUGACAGAGAGCAUGUGGCUCCAUACGCAUCUUAUUCAAGAUAUGAUCUCUGUUUGCUGUCAAAUAUUCAAGGGGUCUGUCAAUUAUGCUUGGGCGAGUGUUCCUACGUAUCCAAGUGGUGUGAUAGGUUUUCUGUUGUGCUCAACAGCGGGGCCUCCCGUUGAUUUCAAAAAUCCCGUCAAUUCUGUUGAGAAGUUAGAAGGAGCUCUCAAACAUAAGAGAGAACUUAAGUUCUAUAACUCCGAGAUGCACUCAGCUGCCUUUGCGUUGCCUCCUUUCUUGAGGAGGGAGGUGAGUGCACUACGUGAAUCUUCAACACCGGCAAGACAAAUCGGCGAGUAGUUACUAGUAGCGACAUCGGUUAGAGAAUAGGUAAUUUGUUAAGUGUGUAGAUGGGGGGUUCUUGAGCUCUCCCUUCAAAGGCAUUGGUGGGAUUUAGGUUUAUUUGUGUGUAGAUGGGGUUCCUGAGCACUUACUCCAAUAAUUAUUUGUGGAUGAUAAUUAUAUAGCCAUUCGACAUUAUGUUAUUGGAAAUUUACCGUGGAUGAUAAUUAUAAUUAUGAAUCAGACUUCUAAGA